AUGGCUGAAUGUAUAGCUGGGGUUCUCUUUAACUCCUACAUUAUAAUACAGAACAUCCUGGACUGGAGACAUGGGAAGCGCCUGAGCCUGUGUGAUAAGAUCCUGGUCCUCAUGGCCGUGAACAAUAUCUUCCUGCAGUGUGACAUGAAUGUCGCCACCUUCCUCUACAUUGUCUUUCCCGGGAUGGUUCAGUAUAAGAAUGCCUAUUACACCUUGUCAGUUUUCCUGAUAUUUCAGUUUUACUUCAGUUUCUGGAUCACAGCAGGGCUCUGCAUCUACUACUGCCUGAGGAUCGUUAGCUUCAAACAUCACCUCUUUGUCCAGCUGAAGAUGAACAUUUCUGAGGUGGUUCCCAGGUUCCUCAUGCUGGCAGGCAUGGGCUCAUUUGGCAUUAGUCUUUUCUCCAUAUGGAACAUUGAAGUGUCUCCUUCCAGUGAGAAUACAAAUCUCUCCACAGGCAUUUUCAUAAACAACAUCCUCCUGAGUCCAUCCUAUAAAGUCCUGACCAUUGUUGUGGGCUGCUGCUUGCCCUUUGUGCUGACUCUCCUCUCCAUUGUGCUCACAUUGUCCUCCCUGAUUACACACACCCAGAGUAUGAGGAACAACAAGGCCGGCUUCAGUGUUCCCAGGCUGGAUGCUCACAUUCGAGCUGCUCGGAUCAUGAUUCUCCUUAUGGUCCUGUAUACCGCUUUUUAUAUCUCUGAGGUCUAUCUCCUCGCAUCUUCACUCUCUAUUGACAACUUCUGGGAAGUGAUGUCUUUGAUUUUUGUGUUAAUCUAUCCUACAGCACAGUCCUUGACCAUCAUCUUAGGGAAUGCUAAGCUCCGGUUAUUGUCAGUGAAUGGUGUAAGUGCCGUCACCUCCACUAAGUCCAAGAACAGGAGCAACUGGGUUUCUGAUGAGAUCAUAGCAAAACAUAAAAAUUACAUACAAGAGAUGCAGGUGGACAGGGAACAUGAAGGGGCAGGGAAAGGGAAGAACGGCGCCACCCUGGUUGUUCCACUCCUGGUCUGUCCUUGGAUUCUAAUCUACUUUUUGGCUGAACAUAAGUCCGACUACAAGAGUGAAGUGCAACAUAAAGAGGAAACAAAGACACCAAGUUAUCUUGUCAGUACAGAAGAGUGA